UGGUUCUAUUACAGGCUGGUUGAGAGGUUCCUAGUUGACAGCUACAAGCAUCAGCAGCUAUCCACAUUUGCCCUCACUCUCUACCGUCACCGCACUACCGUCAAAAACAGGCCUGUGCUUGUAGACUUCUGGGACACGGCAGGCCAGGAAAGGUUCCAGACGCUGCAUGCCUCAUACUACCACCAGGCCCACGCUGCCAUCCUUGUGUUUGAUGGCACCAGGAAAGUAACCUACAAGAACCUGGCUACCUGGUAUACUGAACUGCGGCAGCAUCGGCCGGAGAUACCUUGUCUGUGCGCUGUCAACAAAAUAGAUGAGAACGGGGGGCUGGGAGGCAAGACGUUCGGAUUCCCCCAGCAGCACGGACUACCGCUCUACUACGUCUCCGCCGCCGCCGGCACUAACGUCGUCAAGUUAUUCGAGGACGCGAUCAAGGCUGCGUACGAGUACAAGAUCAACCCCACGGACCUGUCUGACCAGAUCAUGGAGGAGUUGGAGCUACACCCUCACCAGGAUCCCCAGGAUCAAGAUCUCCACCAGGAUAGUGAUGGGGACCAGAAUGUCGGAAUAACCACCGAUAAAUCCGGCGGUGUUGACGCCACAGACUCGCCGGCGUCAUGAUGAUCCCAGCACUGCAUGGCUGCCAUCUACCGCAGCCUGUGGACGAGUCAUCUUCUCUCGGGAUGCAAUAUCGUGAUUUUUUCGGUGUGAUCUCUUCUUGGGAUGUUAUCUCGUGUUAUUGUGUGAUAUCUGUGUACUUUUCCCCGUGUGAUCAUCGCAAGCGUGACGUUAUUUGUUUAGCAAGUAUCUUUUAUCCACUAAUCUGUUUUGGACUCACCUUGUUAGCUGGGACUCGUGCCUGUAGCCCCCUCUUCCACACCCCUCGCUCCCGGGGGCCGUGAGUGAGAGGUCACUGGAUGCCCCCAUCUUAACAUUGAAUUGCUUGCUCACCAUUUGCAACCCUUGUUGGUGCCCUCAUCCUCGAUGAUUAAUAAUAAUAUAAAUGUGUGAGGGAAUGUUCAUUAACGAUGCGUUAUGUGGACCACCGUCUUGGAGCACAACUUAUGCGUCGAUACAAUCCAAGUGUAAGCCUAAUCUUGAGCUGCAGCACCAAACUGACGAAGUCCUGAUAGCUCUGGAAUUCGUUGGUAUUUAAUUCAGAAUUUUAAUUACCAUUCUUCAUUCAGCCACAUCUAGAAUACCUAAUCGCAAUUCUGCAUAUCUAACUGUAUCUGAUCACCUAGUAUCAUUAAAAGUUGAGCUUACGCAUUCCUUACAGUGUAAAAUGUUAGAACACAGAUCACACCAUAGGCCUAUAUGCCGUCCGACCAAUGUCUAUUGGGACCAACUCUAGUCAUGUACCUAGUCACGAGCCUAGUUAUUAUUUAUGUAUUUAAUAACUAGUUAAGUCGUUAUAAGUUUACUCAAACUCCUAGAUAAUAUUUAGAUUAGUAGUUUUUCUCAUACAGUCGAUGUUGUUGGGAACCUUGCGCCAUCUAUUGCCUUGUUUUCUUUCUAAGCAACUGGUCACUCCACGUCUUUUGUUCACAACAUAUUAUUAUCAUGUGGUUAGUUUAUGACUUUUGCAUGAUAUAAUGCAGCAAAAUUCACUUUGUAAUUAUGAUUUUAAAUAAAGCUUUUAUUCAGCUGUAGAGAUGUAUUGUGCUCAAGUAACUACAAAGUACGUUUUCUUUCCAUAUAUCAUUUCAGUUACUCAUCUUCUAUUAAUUCUAGACAAAUUUCAUCGAUGAAAAUAUGCACAUCUGAUUUCAACAACCGGUCAAGAAAUUUUUGAUUUUGUGAAGAUUAGCUCAAUAAAAGCUUUCGCAAUGCGUCGCAUAUAGAAACAAUUUCUUUGUAUUGACGUCAUUUAUAUUGUUAAUGUUAUUGCGCCAGUUUAUGUUCUCAGUGUCAAGUGUUUGCUCACCGACGAUAGUAAUUAUUGUUGCACACCAUAAAACAACGAAUUAACAGUUA